UUUUUUUUGAAAAGACCCAAAUCUUAACACGCUGGCAAAACCCACGCUAUUUUAUUGUACUAUACGACGCCGCUUCCUUAAACCCCUCCAAAACCAUGCGCCGCCUUCUAACGGCCUCUCGCCGCUACUACGGCGGUGUUCCUCUCCAUGUCCGCCACUAUAAGGCGCCAAAGAAAGCUCCACAACCACCCGCACCACCAAAACCUCCAAAGCCGCCACAAAAACCGCAAUCGUUCACAUUCUACGAUGCCGUUUGGGAGGAUCCGUACAGCUGGAUGUCAAGCUUAAAUGAUAAAGUGGCGAUGCGUCACAUGGACGUGUACAUGGAGCAAGAAGAGAAGUAUACAGAAGCUGUCAUGUCUGAUACUGAAAAGCUUCAAAGUAAACUUCAAUCUGAAAUGGCUUCCAGGUUGCAGUUUGACCUUUCUACACUUCCUGUUCGCUGGGGCCCUUGGUUAUACUAUAGAAGAGUUGAAGAAGGAAAGCAAUACCCAGUGCUAUGUAGAAGAUUGUUAAGUUUAAAUGAAGAGUUUAUUUCUAAUAAAUUACCUGCUAGUGGGUUUGAUUUCACCUCUGGUAAAAAAAUUGAACAGAAACUUCUUGAUUAUAAUCAAGAAGCUGAGAGAUUUGGAGGUUAUGCUUAUGAAGAAUUAUCCGAAGUGUCACCUGAUCAUAAGUUUCUUGCAUAUACUAUGUACGAUAAGGAAAAUGAUUGGUUUAGGUUAUCAGUGAGGAAUUUGAAUUCUGGUGCAUUGUGUAGUAAGCCUCAAGCUGACAGGGUUUCGAAUUUGGCUUGGGCUAAGGAUGGCCAAGCACUGCUUUAUGUUGUUACUGAUCAAUAUAAGAGGCCUUGCCGGUUAUACUGUAGCAUGAUUGGAUCAACUGAUGAAGAUGUUUUGCUUUUAGAUGAACCAAAUGACAAUGUUUUCAUUAACAUAAGACAUACAAAAGAUUUUCACUUUGUGACUGUCAAUACAUUUUCAACAUCUUCAAAGGUCUUUCUAAUGAAUGCAGCUGAUCCAUUGUCUGGUAUGACAUUAGUCUGGGAGUGUGAAGCUCAAGCUCAUUGCAUCAUUGAACAUCAUCAAGGAUACCUCUAUUUAUUCACUGAUGCCGCCAAGGAGAGCAAGUUAGCUGAUCAUCACUAUCUUCUUUGUAGUCCUGUUGAUGCUUCUUCAAGUCCAAGAUUAUGGGAGAGUGUAUUCAAAGAUGACCAAGAUUUGAUUAUUGUGGAUGUUGAUUUCUGUGAUACACACUUGGUACUAAUUGUAAGGGAAGGUUGGAGCUUUAGACUUUGUUCAGUUCCUCUACCUUUACCUGCUGGGUUGAAAGGUGCUAAUCUGGAAGAGCUCAAACCUAGGUUUCUUCCUCUUCCAAAACAUGUUUCUCAAAUUUCACCAGGAGCAAAUUAUGACUACAACUCAUCAACCAUGCGCUUUACAAUAUCAUCACUAGUGAUGCCAGAUGCUGUAGUUGAUUAUGAUCUAUCAAACGGCAAGUGGAAUAUCAUUCAACAACAAAACAUGCUCUAUGAAAGAACAAAAGUCUUGUAUGGCACAGCCUCUUCUGCGAGUAUCACCAGUAAAUCCUCAGACUACUUAAAUCCUGAUUAUUCAAGUGAAGUCAAAUCUGGAGAUGAGAACUUGUGGAAUGACCUUUCUGAGUUUUAUGCUUGUGAACAUUAUCACGUCUCUUCUUAUGAUGGUGUUUCGGUUCCUCUAACGGUUAUAUUUUCGCAUAAAAAUAAGUCUGCAAAUCAAAAUCCUGGACUGCUUCACGGGCAUGGAGCUUAUGGUGAGUUACUUGACAAACGAUGGCGUAGUGAGUUGAAAAGCCUUCUUGAUCGCGGUUGGGUUAUUGCAUAUGCUGAUGUUAGAGGUGGAGGUGGUCAGGGUAAGAAUUGGCAUCAUAAUGGUAGACGCACAAAGAAACUUAAUUCCAUCAAAGAUUAUAUCUCUUGUGCAAAAUUCCUUGUUGAAAAUGAAAUUGUUCAAGAAAAAAAGCUUGCUGGCUGGGGAUAUAGUGCUGGAGGACUUUUGGUUGCAUCAGCCAUAAAUUGCUGCCCGGAUUUGUUUCGUGCUGUAGUCUUGAAGGUCCCAUUUCUCGAUCCAACCAACACUCUUCUCUACCCAAUUUUACCACUCACCGCAGCUGACUUUGAAGAGUUUGGAUACCCUGGGGAGGCUGAUGACUUUCAUGCCAUAAGGGAAUAUUCUCCAUAUGACAAUAUUCAGAAGGACGUUCUUUACCCUGCUGUACUGAUAACCUCAUCUUUCAACACACGAUUUGGGGUUUGGGAAGCAGCAAAAUGGGUCGCGCGAGUUCGAGAGCGUGCUAUUAAUGACCCUAGCCGUCCAAUACUGCUAAAUUUAACAACAGAAAUUGUGGAGGAGAACAGAUAUUUGCAGUGCAAGGAGUCUGCAAUGGAAACUGCAUUUCUUAUAAGAAUGAUGGAAACAUGAGAUUAAUAUUCUUAUUAGUGCCAUCCUAUCAUCCCAUCCUUGAAUCUGUUAUAUGAUCUUUAUGACAAGUAGCCACGUGGAAGAUUUAUCUUCACGAAGGACAAUCUUCAAGAUUCGAAUCACCUAUAAUGGUUCUGGUGUUUCAUGUAUUACAAUCUAUUUUAAGAGGGCAAUGGCUGAUGUGACCCAUUUAUGGUGCUUAACUUGCUAAAGCAGCCAAUAAAAAUCAGAACAGAAAAACUGAGACUGUAGACGAAGAAGACCUCCAUUUGCUGGUGAUGGGUUGCUUUCUCACUUUGAAAUUGUAAGUUGGUUUUCUGUGUACAUAUAAAUCUGAUUGCUUAUCGCACCAAGUAAAGUUAUAAUUUUGGUAUGGUAACUAUCUAUCCUUACCUUAUCUUCUUGUGAUAAAAAUAUAUAAAGCUUCAUGAUUCACUAAUGUAUAUUUGUUUAUAUGUAAA